AUGGGAAAACGCUCGCGCUCGCUGAGCGAGAGGGCGAGCUUGGGUGGGUGGUCGGGGGGCAUCGUACAAAAGCCAGGGAGUUUUGAGAACUCACCUUUGACCUGCUCUUCCAACAUCUGCUGCACCAGGAGCUUGAACUUCAUGAGCAACAACAACCAGAACACCGGCUCUUUUGUCCGUGCGCGCGCGCGUACUCCCCCGCCUGGCGCGUAUUCGCCCUAUCCCGCCCAGCAUCCUGGCGCACACAGUGGCCCUGUGUAUCAUCAUCCCCAGAACUGGGUCUGGCCCGCACCCGGUCCCCAUGUGUUGCAGCCCAUGGUACCAAACGGAUUCCAGUAUCCGGCCCACAGUGGCAUGCGGCCGGUGGAAGCACCCGUGGCAUACAAUCGCAAUAUUUCUGGUGCCAGUCAACGGGUAAAUUUGAGCGGGGUAUCUGCACAAGGCUAUCAGUACGACUCGGUCGAGGCCCAGCAUGCAUUUGCGCACCACGCCAAUCUCCUGCCCGCCUUCCAGCUCCAACUCCCCGCGACCACUCAGCCCGUCCACCAGGGCUACUGGCCCCCGACGCCCUUACAGCAGGAGCAAAGAUGGCACAUGCCGUCUGCGACUGCACACACCUCGCACGCCCCAGCCCCCCCACCACUGCGCAUCGUCUCACCAGAUAUGCAAUACCAGACGACGGACAUCUUUUCCACAGGACCAUUCGACAACAGCUUCAACUUCGGCAACACGCUUCGGACAAAGACGCCCAAUCACGGACCGACGCCGCUGUUGAACGUCUUCCCCGUAGGCAAUGAGGAGCAGUACCUUGGCGUCCCAUCGUCCCGAAAUACCCCGUCGCCAGUCGACAGUCCCAUCGAGCUUGGAUCGAUGUUCAGCAGCCCUGCAUCGUCCAAUCACGGAUCAGCAUUCUCCUUGGACCUCACGGACGACGGGAGCUCUGCUGACGGGAUGCUGACGGGCUUGUUCGUCGCAAACUUCGACCCCGCGCCGAUUUUCUCCCCGCACGCAACCAUCACACCCUUGCCAGCGUCCACACCAGACGCAUCCGCGCCCGACUCUUCCUCCUCAUCAUGGCCACAGCCGUCGCUCGCAGAAUCCACUGCACCACCGUCGAAAAAUCGCAAGCCUCGCAAAAAGCGCGCCUCCGACCCUUUGUCGCCUAACCGCGGGAACCGGACACCAGUCUUCAGGUCGGAGGAGCAGUGGGCCGAGGCGCAUCUCGACCACAGCGGCAAGUGGAUUGAGCCGCGAGUGGCGACGAAGCAGGAGAUCAUGACCGUCAAGGCGUCAAGGCGCAAGAGGGAGGGCGAAAUGUUCGUGUGUGCGUGUGGGCUGGUGGCGACGUCGAGGACCAUCAAGGAGGACCACAUGAAGUACCAUGAGCCCAAAGUCUGUGACGAAGGUAGUUGCCGGAAGAAGAUCAAGGGCUGGAUGGCUCGGCACAAGUGCGAGCGUCACAACGUCCACGACGAAUGCGACCCCGUCAUCAGCAAGAAGAGGUGCGCCAAGAGUCGCGAAACGUGGGCGAAACGUGAACGCGAGCAGGCUGGGGCGGAGGCAUAG